CAGAACUUCCAGUCUGAGCGUUAGUGCGCAUGCUUAGUACACGCGGCCAACAUGGCGGAUGGAUUGAAAAAAGUUUGAGGCGUUUUAUAUUUUCGUGUUUUCUCGGCGACUUUCCAGGUAGUGUAGCAUCCAGUCUCCAGUUUGUUUCUCUUCACACCAAAGACAAUCAUGGUCAUCUCAGCAACAAUAUACCGAUGGCGAGACGGUCUUCCCCUCUCCGCAUCUACAGACUUCGAUCCCAGUCCAGACCUGCAGAACUGCAAGAAAACCGCCAAGAUUAUGUCCAAGAAGCUGAAUCAGUUUCCGGACAGAUGUGUUGCAAAGAUGGACGGCUACUGUAUUUAUUUCAUCUCCUCUCCCACGGUGACCUACCUGACCUUGUGUCACCAUGACUACCCGGCCGUGCUGGCCUUCUGUUUCCUGGAUGAGCUACAGAAGGAGUUCAUCACGACCUACGACCCCGAGAAAGUAGAGAAGGCUGUCAGACCGUUCUCCUUUAUUGAGUUUGACAACAGUAUACAGAAGACGAAGCAGAGGUACAACAACCCCAGAACCCUGACCACCAGGAUGAACCUGACAGCCAUGAGUCAGGAGGUGAAACUGAGACCCCCCCACCACAUCCACCCCUCAGAUCUGGGGCCGAUUGUACCGGAAACACCUCCCCAACAGAACCACGUACACAGGCAGAACGGCCCCAGAAGAAGGCUGAUGCCGAUUGGCUGGCUGGGGUUCCUGUCCCUGGUGCUGAACAUCCUGUGUGGAGCCCUCAACCUGGCCAGGGGCAUUCACAUAAUCAACGAUGUGGACAAUUUCAGUGAUUAUGACAACUACGCAAUAGCAAACUUUUGGAUAGCCUGUGGACUGUGCUUCAUACAGUGCUACCUGCUGUUGUUCAACAUGGUGUGGCGGAACAUCGCAGCCUGUGUGUCGUGUGUCGGCGUGUUCCUCUGUAACCUCCAGCUGAUGGAGCUACGGAACAUGUACCAGAUCGCGUUCCACGUGGCCGUGUCGGUCUUUGCCGUUUCGCAGAUAAUGCUGAGAAAAACACGAGAAAAACCGCCAGACUAUAAUGUUUAGAGAAGACAUUUUUGUACAAUUUUUUUAUCUUAU